AUGUUUUGUCUAACUGAUAUUACUAUAGAAAAACUUUAGGGACUACUUAGAUCGUUAAAUUCAUUUAUUUUAAGGAAUAUUAAAUAAUUUAUUUAAAGUAGAGUAUUUUAGAGUGAUAUCAUGAUAGGAAUCUCUAGAUUUGCUGGCUCAAUUUAUAAGCGACUUCCAAAAACUCCGAUUUCCUAUCAUAUUACGCAUUCAAACAAAGUUUAUGACAUGAUUAUGAUGAAAAAAAAUAUCAAAGAGUUUGACAGCUUUUUUGAUAAGAGAGUUAAAGUUUUGAGUAACAUUAUACAUUCAAAUUUGUUAAAUAAUAAGUUGAUAGAGGAAGCAAAACUAAAGGAGUUAUUAUUGCAAAAUAAGACUUCGGAAUACAUUGAAGAAUUGAUUAAGAAAAAAAAGUAUUCUACAGCAUAUCGAUUUAUGAAUGCCCUUUAGUAUGACACAGUCUCAUAUUAAGUAAGAAUCAGAAAUUUCAUAUUAGGAACUUGUGUAUUCGAUGGCUACUAAUGAUAUGAAGUUACAAAGCAAGAUUAUUAAGGAGUAACAUUUAGAUACAAAGGACAAUCAGAAGGUGUUGAAUCAUUUGCAUAGUGAAUCUAUGAGAUUUUUUAUUUUUGUAAAAAAAUAUUUAAUUAUAGAGAGCAGAAAUACCAAUAUAAAAAGUAGAAGAAUUAUUUUUGGGGGAUGAAAGUAAAUUAUAAUUUUUGGUUGAAAAUUAUUUUACGUCAAAUAAAUAAAUAGCCAUUCAAAUAGCUAAAAGAAAUAAUAUUAAAGUUUAAAAUCCAUAAAUUUAGUAAGAGAUUGAUAAUUGCACAAAUGUAAUCGAUAAUGCACUAUUAAAAAAUGAUGAUUUCUGUAUUGAUUAUUACCAUAUUUUUAGUGCCAUCAGAAUUAAUACUGAAAACAAAGAAUGCCAAUAAUUUUGUACUUCUAAAGAAUUUCAAUAUAUCUAGGGAAGAUGUUUAUUUAAUUGAAGAUGAAACCCAAUUAACUGAUGAAAUCAUAGAUGAGAUUUUAAAGGCUCCUUAAACUGGCAUUGACACUGAAAGCUUUUAAGAAAUUCCUUAGACUAAAUUUACUUAGAGAAUGAAUAAGGUUUGUUUACUCUAGAUAGCUUUACCACAAAAGAUUUUCUUAUUAAACACUGCCAAUCUUACAAGUAGUAGCAAAUAUCAAUAAUUUCUUGUGAAAUAUACAACUAGUAAUGCUUUAAAAAUUGGAUAAAACCUAAGAUAGGAUUUCUUAUCAUUGUUAGGGUAGAUUAGAGCAUCUGAUGUUUAAUUAAACUAAAUUAUUGAACUAUCACAACUAUUUUAGUAGAAAUUUCCAUAGGAAAAGAAAACAAAUUUAUCUUUUUAAUGUUCUAAGCUUUUAGGGAAAGAACUAGAUAAAGUUGAGUAAAUCUCAAACUGGUAAAAGAGACCAUUGAGGAAUGCAUAGAUUCAUUAUGCAGCACUAGAUGCAUACAUAUGUUUACACCUUUAUAAUCUAUAUAAAUAAUGA